AUGGAUGCGCUGCAGUGUUCAUCCUCUGAACUUACACACAAUGCUCGCUACAGCUCCACCACGACCAGGCCUGGGGGCUCGAACAUCUUCGGCCCCCGCGGGGGUCUCCAGAAACUUGACGCCGCGCGGAAGCCAGGACCAGGGACGAAUAUGGGACAACCAUUGUUGGAGGAAGAUGAGGGGUCGUCGACUGCGGGCGAGGCCAGAAACACACAAUCCCGUCCGCAAGGCGAGGAAGUUCCCAGAAGCGGUUUUCCCAAAGUGACCAUCGCAGUGGCAGGUGAAGAAAACGCCGGCAAGAGCAGUUUCGUCAAAUGUGCGCUGGAUAUGAAGCACCCACCUAUCUCGACUAUGAGCAAGAAGAAGAUGUCAUUGGACGGUACAGUCUAUUUAGUGCGUUUACUCGAGGUCGACUUGACCCGGAUUCAGUUCGAUGAGGACAAGAGGAUUCUCUGGCCACAUACCGGAUCCGACAUAUCUAGGCCAGUCAUUGACGGGGUUCUGGUUCUACACGAUGCCACAAAGCCGGAUAGGCUCUCCCUAACGACGAACCUCAUUUACUCAUUGGCUGCCUCGGAUCUGCCGUUCUUGCAGGUCGCCUGCAAAUGCGAUGUCAACCCUGAGCCUGCGGAAGACAUUGAAGUGGAUGCGAUCCACGAGCGAUACGAGAUCUAUCGGACAUCGUUUUCUUCGUCGCGAUCUCAACGCAUGUGUAUAGCGUUAGUUCUGCGUGGAGUCAUUUCUACUCGACAAGAUCUCGCCUCGGAGUUGAUUAAUUCUAAUACUCCUGCCGUUUCACCGAGAACAACUACCAGAUCUUUCGAACACCACGAGCACCACACUCGUGCCAACUCGGAAACUCCCUUAGCCGUGUUGAACGGAGCCGCUGGCGGCCCACCAACGGCCUCCGAUCGAAUUGUUGACGGGGAUGGUGAGCAAGGUCUCUCCAUCGACCAGGCCAACUCCAACCUGGCGCACGAUACCUACAGUUCCAACCGUUAUGCCCGCAGUAAUUCGCAACCGCUGCGACCGCAGACUCCGCCAUCCGGAGCGCGUUUAAACACCCGCAGGCCGUCAGCACAAGAACCAAUCUCCCCGACUCACGAUAAUCGCCAGCAACGAUUGCAUACUGCCUGGCGGCACAGUGGUGGAUCGGACGCUUUCAACAGCUUCUUGAACAUGGACGAGGAGAUGGAUGAUGGACAGAGCCGGCCCACAAGCCCUGGCGCAGUCGUGCGACCAAAGCCGAGCAGCGAGAGCAACUCCAGCGCAGAGACCGGCCAAUCCUUCGAGGAGCUUGUCGAUCGUUUGAUUUCGUUGCCAACGUCGAAACAGGACCAAAAGUUCCGCUCCACCUUCCUAUGUCUGUACCGAAAGUUUGCUGCCCCUGGAAACCUCCUGGGUGCCUUGAUCGGUCGAUUUGAGCGCAACGAAAUGGGCAAUGAUGAUCAACUCGCUCGUAUGGCAGAUCAACUACGAUUGCUCGACGUCAUGGCUCAAUGGGCUUCGGAGUAUCCUGGAGAUUUCGCACGCCCUAAGCUACGUAAACGAAUCAUUGAUUUCGUCGCGACCCUCGAAAAGAGCCAUUUCUACAUGUUCGCUGCUAAGGAGAUCGGAUCUCAAUUAGACUCAAACGCGGAAGACGAUGACGUUGGCUGGGCCUAUGGAGGUGACAGCGAUGCCGAUAAUUUCCAUUUGGGCGAGACAUUCUUCGAUGACUCGGGCCGGAGCUCUCCAGCGCAGGUUUUCACUGGCACUGCGACUGGGACCUAUGAUAACGAAGAAGAGCAAGACCCAAUAUACAGUAUGAGUGCGCUAGAUCUCAGCGGCCCGCAUGACUCGACAUCCCGACUCUCGGGCACUCUCUCAAUCUCGUCAACCACCGACAAACCCAACAGCACUACAAACCAAACAUUCACAUUGCUGAGCCUCGAUGCAGCCCAAAAAGAGGCUUUGUAUCUUGAAAUAACAUACAAGGCUGCUCUAGGCAAGCUCCAAUGGCGGAUCUUCAUGGAAACGCCAGAUGAGGAAUUUGCACGAGAAUUGACGCGGAUUGACUGGAUCAUGUACAACUCAUUCCGCCCGCGUGAUCUUGUGCGCCAUGUCAGCCUGUCCGGUGUCGACAAGCAUACGAUCAAGAGCUUGGCAAAUGUCAAUCGAAUGAUCAAACAGUUCAACCAUCUAGCCUUCUUUGUAGCCAGCCUGAUCCUCCUGCGUGACAAGCCGAAGCAUCGAGCGAAGGCAAUGGAGAAGUUCAUGAACAUCGCAGGGAAACUCCGACGCCAAAACAACUAUAAUUCCUUGGGUGCCGUGAUCGCCGGCAUCAAUGGCACCCCCGUCCAGCGUUUGACGCAAACUCGAGAUCUAGUUCCUAUUCCGGUCCAGAAAGAGUUCAUGCGCCAGGUCAUUCUCAUGGGCACUCAACGAAGCCACUUCGCCUACCGGCUUGCCUGGGAGAACUCAUUCUCAGAGCGAAUUCCAUUCCUACCUCUCCAUCGUCGUGAUCUUGUUUCCGCCGAAGAAGGAAACAAGACGUUUGUUGGCGAGAAUAAAUCGCGCAUCAAUUGGAAGAAAUUCGAGGUCAUGGGUGAGGUUGUUCUCGGCAUCCAACGAAGCCAAAAGACUCCUCACCCUCAAGCUCAAAAGUUUGAGGAUGUUGAGCGACUGAUCCUGGAUUCGAAGCUCUCCGGAGACGAAGAGGAUCUGUAUGCUCGGAGCUUGCAAGUCGAACCGUCCACGGGAGCUGAGGGACGAAAGAAGUUCGGCUGGUUGCGCUCUUAA